AUGAUCCUGCAAGCAAGCAGAAGGCCAAGAAUGCCAAUGUAUUCUCCCCUUCCUGUGUACGCUAUUCUUUUGCUUCUUUCUUGGCCAUUCAGUUCGGUGCCUAUUUGCUCAUCCGAUAAUCGGCUUGUCGCUGGCAAGCCGCUCUCCCCUGGCAGUGUCCUCGUCUCUCAAGAUGGGGUGUUUGCCCUGGGAUUCUUCUCCCCGUACAACUCCACUAAGAACCAUCACUAUGUUGGCAUAUGGUACAACGACAUCCCGGAGCGCACGGUGGUAUGGGUUUCUAACCGUGCGGCGCCGAUCACCACUAACCUUUCCUCUGCAAAUCUUGCCGUCACCGGCAGCUCCGACAUAGUCUUGUCUGAUAACAAUGGUCGUGUCUUCUGGACAACGUACAACAGCAUCAACAUCAACUCCAUCUCGGUGGAAGCAGUGUUGGACAACACUGGCAACUUCAUCCUUAGAUCAUUAACUGAUAGUACCAUCCUAUGGCAAAGCUUCGACCACCCUACCGACACUCUCCUACCCGGCAUGAACCUCAGGCUCAGCCACAACACGCUUCCACUGCAGCACCUCGUCUCCUGGAAAGGCCUACAUGACCCAUCCCCCGGUGAGUUCUCCUACGGCGCAGACCCUAGCAGCCUCCUCCAGUGCUUCGUCUGGAAUGGCUCGAGGCCACACCGGCGAAGCCCGGUGUGGACAAAUUACCUCUAUGUUGGUGGAUUCAACGAGUCUACCAUUUAUAUGGCCUUACAUCACGCCGGUGACGAGGUGUACAUGUCCUUCAUCAUGCCGAUUGGCUACUUCGUCCUGCUGGUCAGGAUGGAGAUUGACUACUUGGGCAAGGUAAAUCUACUAAUCUGGGAGAGCAACAUGUCUGCAUGGAGAGCCCUGUAUGCAGAGCCUCAACAUGAGUGCAAUAUGUACGGCUACUGUGGUCUUUAUGGUUACUGCGACAAUACAGAAGUUGUCCCAGUUUGCAAGUGCCUUGAAGGUUUUGAGCCGAGGGAUGGUGAAGGAUGGAUCGCCGAUGGCUUCUCACAUGGAUGCCGCCAGAAGGAGGUGCAGAGGUGCACCCAUGGAGACGGUUUCUUGGUCUUUCCAGGCAUGAAGGUCCCUGACAAGUUCAUACAUGUCCCGAGCAGAAGCUUUGAUGAGUGCACGGAGGAAUGCAGAAGCAAUUGCUCCUGUGUGGCAUAUGCUUAUUCCAAGAUGAGCAACAUGGAUAUUGAUGGGGAUGACACAAGAUGCCUGGUAUGGAUGGGAGAUUUGAUCGACAUGGAGAACCACACUCAAGGAGGGGAGAACCUCUAUGUUCGGACUAAAAGAUUACAAGGCAACAUGAGAAAGAUCAAAAUCCUAGAAAUUGUAUUACCAGUUGUUUCAAGUUUUCUGAUACUCAUAUGCGUGGUGCCUAUUUGGAUCUAUGGCUCUAGAGUCCUGACAGGCAAUCAAGGAAGCAUGGUUGUCCGGGAAAGGAUGAUGCGACGAGAUACAGAAAAUUAUAAUGAGGUUGCUGAUAGUUACACAGAGUUUCCCAUUUUGAACUUCAUGGCACUUGCUGCUGCGACAAAUAAUUUCUCUGAAUCCAACAUUCUUGGCAAAGGAGGGUUUGGCAACGUUUAUAAGGGAACGUUCGAAGAUGGUAAGGAAAUUGCUGUGAAAAGGCUUCGUGUUGGUUCUGUCCAAGGGGCUGUGGAGUUCAAAAAUGAAAUAGCUCUGACUUCUAGGUUGCAGCAUAGAAACUUGGUCAAACUUAUGGGCUGCAGUAUUUAUGAAGACGAAAAGCUUUUGAUUUAUGAAUACCUACCUAACCGAAGUUUGGAUUACUUCAUUUUCAAUGAUACAAGAAAAUCACUACUCAAUUGGCCAACAAGAUUUAAGAUAAUCAUUGGAGUAGCUAGGGGACUUCUUUAUCUCCACCAAGAUUCCAGAUUGGUUAUGAUUCAUAGAGAUCUCAAAGCAGGCAACAUAUUGUUGGAUGCUGAGAUGAACCCGAAAAUAUCUGAUUUUGGUACAGCUAGGGUCUUUGGUGUGAACGAACACGAACAACAUACCAAUCAAGUUGUUGGAACAUUCGGAUACAUGUCGCCUGAAUACGCAAUGGAAGGCAUAAUCUCCGUCAAAUCCGAUGUUUACAGCUUUGGGGUAUUAAUUCUAGAGAUUGUGAGUGGCAUGAAGACCGGCACCACAACCCCAAAGAGCUCAUGUGCAUGCACUCAUAACCUUAUAAAUUAUGCGUGGAGCUUAAGGAAGGAUGGGAAAUUGAUGGAUCUAAUCGAGUCAUCUAUCAUCGAGGAUUGCUCUCUCGCUGAAGCUCUACGAUGCAUCCAUGUCGGACUCUUGUCGGUGCAGCAUGACCCGGACGCUCGCCCUCUCAUGUCUUGGGUGGUAGCAAGCCUGGAUAACAAAGGCAUUGAGCUCGCGCAGCCGAAAGAACCUAUGUGCUUUACACAUCGUAAAUACGGAGCCGGGGAAAGCCAUGUACAUGACAUGAGCCUCGAAAACCUUAAGGGGUGCUAG